GCAAUGGCUGUUCCUCUUGUUAACUUUGCCUUGAUCAGUGCAGUUUUUACUAUCCUUUUCACAAACCCAUGCGUUGGUCGAUUCAGUUGUCCUACCGAGGAGUCCCAAGCUCUUCUUUCCUUCAAAGAAGCGCUGAAUGUCUCUGAUGGCAUUCUCAGUUCAUGGGUUAAUGGAACUGAUUGUUGCUCCAAGUGGGAUGGGAUAUCAUGCAAUAAUUUCACUUACCAUGUAGAGCGGGUGAAUUUGAGUGCAGAGCAGGGCGUGCAGAGUGGAUUAAUAUCUGGUAGUUUGUGCAACCUUCCUUUUCUCAAAUACCUCAUCCUAAGGAACAUUGGUCUAACUGGUACUAUUCCUUCCUGUUUAGGAAAUAUUUCUCAUCUUAUUUAUUUGCAUUUGAAAAACAAUAGCUUGAGUGGAAUAGUUCCCCCUUUCAUUUGUCAGCUCACUAAUCUGAGCCAUAUAGAUAUAGCCUUUAACCAAUUCAGGGGAAUAUUGCCAUCUUGUCUACAAAAUCUGUCCUUGCUUAAGUACUUGAGCAUUUCUUUUAACCAAUUCAACGAGAAGUUUCAGCUUGCUGGUCUUUCGUCCCUCGAGCAGCUGUAUGCUCGUCAUUUUUCCUUCCGUGAGAACAUUACUUCUUCAGAGUUGACAUUACCAUCCUCUGUAAAGAUUCUCUGGCUCUCCCAUAUUUCUAUAUCAGAUACUCUGCUUCAUAACCUUGCCGAACUGAAAUUUGUGUUUCUAUCAGAUUGUGUACUGAAUAUUAGUGCAACUUGGAUUCCCCAGUUCCAGUUAGGAGGCUUAGAUAUUACCUCAUGUAGUAUUGGUGGUCGAAUUCCCGAUUGGCUUUUCACUCAAUAUUCAUUACGCGGAUUUCAACUGGUUGACGACAAUAUUGUUGGGGAAAUCCCCUCCUGGAUAUGGGAGAACUUUGCUGAGUUGAUUCAUUUGAAUCUUUCAAGAAAUCAUUUACAUGGAAACCUUACUAUCCCGAACAGAUCAGUUCGUUAGAUGACACUACUGGAUGUGUCUAGGAAUGCAUUGACUGGAAACGUGCCAUCUCAGUUGCCUCCCUAUCUAGAGCUCUUGAUGCUUAACGACAAUGCUCUAAUCGGCUCUAUUCCCCAAAGCUUUUGCACUUUAACUAACCUUGUAAAGUUAGAUAUGUCAAACAACAAGUUGAAUGGAAAUAUUCCUCCGUGCUUUGCCAAUAAUAAGGUUAUUCAAGUGUUAAAUUUAGGGUAUAAUAGCUUGGAGGGAACCAUACCGCAUGGUCUAUGCUCCUCCUCGUUAAUUGUAAUAAAUAAUAAGUUAAGUGGAGCCUUCCCUCCCUCAAUCACCAACUGUAAGACCUUACAGCUAUUAGAUAUUGGGCACAAUAAUUUUUCUGGGAAAUUCCUCGGUCAGUUGGAAAUCUAUCCUCCAUUAAAGUGUUGAUGAUGAAGGAUAAUCGUUUCAGCGGCUGCAUUCCUUCCAAACUUGUCCAGCAGCUCCAGAUCUUAGAUCUUUCGUCUAACAAUAUAUCAGGUUUUAUUCCACACAGCGUUGCAUCUUUACGUGCAAUGAGUGUGGCAAGAGAAGACGGCCAUAUGUUGUCUGUUAUGUUGAAGCCUUAUCAUUUAUAUGCAAGAGACAAGGGGGAUAAGUCAUGGCCCGGAAUCGGCCCUUUCGAGGAAUGGGUAUAUGAAGUUCUGUCUCAUGAUGAACUGGACAUGAUUGUGAAAGGCUUAUAUCUUCCCUAUCCAUAUAUUCUUUCCACACUCAGGCAUAGAUCUCUCCAAUAAUCAGUUAAAUGGACACAUUCCUUUUGAUUUUGGAAAGCUGAAGGGAUUAAGGUUUCUUAAUCUAUCAAGGAACAACCUCAAUGGAAUUAUUCCUCCUAGUUUUGGGGAAAUGGUUCAGCUAGAGUCAUUGGAUCUUUCUACAAACAGAAUUUCUGGACGUAUUCCUGCAGAAUUUCAAUCUCUGACUUCAUUGGCAUGUUUAAAUUCGUCCAACAACAACCUUUCAGGUAGCAUACCGCAAGGAGGACAAAUGAUCACAUUUGAAAAUACAUCAUAUUCUAGAAAUCCAAAUUUAGAAGGAUGUCCACUUCCAAAGAAAUGUUCAUGGCCAGAAUUUUCUCUUCCUCCUCCCCGUCCUUCUACAAAUGAUAUUCAAGACGCAAAGGAAGAUUAUAGAAACCGAAUACCAUGGUAUGCUAUUGGACUAGGAUUAUCACAUGCAGCAUGUUUUUCCUGUGUGAUGUUAUUGCUUGCAGUAAGGGACGAAUGGAGGGAGAAAUACUUCAAGUGGGUAGAUAAGAAUUUUAAAAAGAUGUUUCCUUCCAUCCGUAAUAAGAGAUUAUGAAAGGUUCUUACGUCAACAAUACUCAUGCAAAACUGUGCCACAGUUGUUCGACUCUCGAGUCUUGAGGUAUUUUAUUGAGCUAAUUGUGUAUUGUAUUGUCAAAAUCUUGCUUGAAGGUAGUAGUGUGUAAGAUCAUAAAUAAUAAAAAUACCCAUGUAUGCUGUCACGGCAUUAGCCGUGUGUGAACGGUGACCCUUUGUCGCCUGUUGUAAAUCUAUUAUUAUUGUGUCUUGGUUGCACCAUAUUCGGCAUGGAAUCAUCCUCGAGGCUUUGCAUGUCUACAGUAUUUAAGUAUUACUAUUUGUUAGUAUAUAAUCCGGUUCUUACUAUUUUAAGAUCGCAUUUCGUAGAAGA